AUGGACAGCAUCAUGGCUGAAGGAAGCAAAGACCUAUGUCAAGCUUUGUGCAUCAUCACUGGAGCUUCCAGAGGCUUUGCUUCCCUGGCACUGCAAGUGGCCUGCUUAGUGAAGCCCCGGUCAGGUCUCCUGCUGGUGGCCAGGUCAGUGGAGCAGCUGAAGGAGCUGAGGGAAGACAUAGCGACGCUUGACGCGGGGCAAAAGAGUUCACAUUUCAUCUGCACAGCUGAUGGUUUACAACAAUCCCUCCAAGCUUUCAGCAAUUUCAGCAAUGUCCAGGUGUACCCAAACAUACAACUGUAUUUAAACUUUGUGUGUACUGUUCUUUAGGUGUCACGCUUUACUUUGGGCUUUACUGUUCCAGUGGAGGUGAAUCAUUACCUGUCUCUGAAUGUGAGCUCCACACUAAGUCUGACUGCUGGUGUUCUGCAGGCAUUUUCUUGGCAAAUGGGAUUGCAACGCACUGUGGUUAACAUCAGCACCCUGUGCGCCCUAAAGGCUUUCCCUUCCUGGGUGCUGUAUUGUAUGGGUAAAGCAGCUUGUGACAUGAUAUUCCAGGUGCUGGCAGAGGAAGAGCCAGACAUAGGAGUGCUCAACUACUAUCCUCUGGACACAGACAUGCAGGCCAAGGCAUGACAUUGCUCUGGAAACAUGAAGCUCCUCUGCUCUUUCUCUUCCAUGUUCUCCAAAGGUCAGCUGGUAUCCUGUCAAGAGUCUGGAGUCAAACUGAUGAGGCUGCUGCUAGAUAAUGACUACCCCUCUGGAGCUCAUGUGGACUUUUUCAAACUCUAA